GCCAAUGGAGGUCCGGUUCGCGCGGGGCUCUGCCGUCGCCCUCGCCGCCUUCGCCGUCCUCUUCCUGUGGAUGCUCCUAGCAGGUGACGCUGGAGCACUAUGGCCAGUGCCCACGCACCACAGCCGCCCCGCGCAGAUAGUCGCACCUCCCCAGCGCCGCAGCCAUGGCCACCGCCCUCUCAAGUGGGAGGAAACCAUCAGAAGCGAUGGAAGACGCAAUGCACUUGCAGUGUUUUCUGAUUGUCUGAAGAAAGGACUUGAGGCAUCCAGACUAGCCAGCGCUCGUGAUACAUGCAGAUAUCGAGUGACCCAUCUCUUGCAACUUUUUUUUCCCUUUCGUGGAGACUGGCCUUUGGAAGAGCCCUACCUAGAAAAUCUACAUUACUAUUCUCCAACUGCAAAAAAAAUUGGUUUGGAAAAUUCUUAUAGUGAAAUGUAUUUGAAGAAAAGGAUGUUGAUUUUAAUUUUCGCUUUCAGCGGCGGCGUCGCGCGCCGCCUAGCGCGGGGGUGGGCCCUUCUGAGGCCCCGUCGCUGCUGCGCGCUGCGCGAUCACGGCCGCUUCUGCGCCGGUCGGCUUCUGCGCACGCAGACGCCGGGGCCACGGCCUCCGCUGGGGCGCUCAGCACGAGCCGUCCUUGAUCUUGCGCAGAUCUGCAACGAAAGAGAAGAGUGA